CCCAUUUUGCUCCCAGAAUUACGAUCUCCAAUCCUUCUUCUUCCCGUGAUAUUUUCGAUCCCACCCUCAGAUCGCCUCUGCCCCUCCGCUCGUAAACGUCGCCGGCGAUCGAUCGUCGUCCGUCCCUGUUGUCAUAGCGACCACCGCAUCCGACGCGUCCAUGGCGGAGGACCUCGCCGUAGGCGGAGGCGGCGCCGCCGUCGCUCCUGACCCCGACGGCCCAGACGGCGUCCGCAUGACCUGGAACUCUUGGCCCCGAUCCAAGGUGGAGGCGAGCAAGUGCGUGGUCCCCGUCGCCGCCUCCGUCGCCCCGAUCCGCUCCUCCCCCUCCCUCGUCGUUCUCCCCUACUCCCCGCUCCGCUGCAAGCCGCCUUGCGCGGCCGUCCUCAACCCCUUUGCCCGCGUCGACUUCGCCGCCAAGAUCUGGAUCUGCCCCUUCUGCUUCUCUCGCAACCACUUUCCUCCGCACUACGCUGGAAUCAGCGAGGCCAACGUUCCCGGUGAGCUUUAUCCCCAGUGCACCACUGUUGAGUACGCCCCACCGCCACUCGACGCCGCCGCCCCGCCGCUGCCACCCGUAUUUCUUUUCGUCCUCGACACCUGCCUGAUUGAGGAGGAACUCGGGUUCGUCAAGUCCGCCAUGCGCCGUGCCAUCGGAUUGCUGCCCGACCAGGCCCUCGUAGGGCUUAUCACCUUCGGUACCCAGGUCCAUCUCCACGAGCUGGGCUUUGCGGAUAUGUCGAAGAUCUACGUGUUCCGGGGAACGAAGGAGAUCCCGAAAGAGCAGAUCUUGGAUCAGUUGGGGCUUUCCGCCUCGGGGGUUCGCCAUGGUGCCGUUGCCGGAGCGCCAGGGUACCCGAAGGGACCCCAAGCAAAUGGGUUUCAUCCAUCGACGUCUGUAAACAGAUUCUUGCUUCCAACAUCCGACUGUGAAUACACCCUCAAUUCUUUGCUGGAUGAGUUACAUAUGGAUCAGUGGCCGGUGGAAGCCGGGAAUCGUCCUUUGCGGUGUACAGGAGUUGCCCUCAGUGUAGCGGCUGGUCUUCUGGGAGCAUGUAGUGCUGGUACUGGUGCCCGCAUCAUAGCUUUAGUUGGCGGGCCAUGUACUAUUGGUCCUGGAAUGAUUGUGUCAAAAGAUCUAUCGGAGCCAGUGCGUUCACAUAAAGACCUUGAUAAAGAUGCUGCUCCACAUUUCCACAAAGCUGUUAAAUUUUAUGAUAAUCUUGCCAAGCAGCUGGUUAACCAGGGUCAUGUCUUGGACCUUUUCGCUUCAGCACUUGAUCAGGUUGGGGUUGCAGAGAUGAAAGUAGCAGUUGAAAGAACUGGUGGACUGGUUGUCCUCGCCGAAAGUUUUGGACAUUCAGUUUUUAAAGAUUCUUUUAAGCAGAUUUUUGAGGAUGGCGAGCAGUCGCUUGGCCUUUCUUUUAAUGGCACACUUGAGAUCAAUUGCUCAAAGGACAUCAAAAUUCAGGGAAUUAUUGGACCAUGUACAUCUUUGGAGAAGAAGGGCGCUGUUUGUGCUGACACUGUUGUAGGCCAAGGGAAUACAACUUCAUGGAAGAUGUGUGGUCUUGAUAGAAGUACUUGUUUGACUGUAUUCUUUGAUAUUUCACCUAGUGAACGCUCAAAUCAACCUGGAAUUCCGAACCCACAAUUAUAUGUACAAUUCUUAACAAACUAUCAGAACCCUGAAGGCCAAAUGAGGUUAAGGGUUACAACAAUUACUAGGACAUGGGUGGAUGGUUCCAACACAGAGGAAUUAGUUGAAGGGUUUGACCAGGAAACUGCAGCUGUUGUUUUAGCAAGAUAUAUCUCCUUGAAAAUGGAGAUGGAGGAAGAGUUUGAUGCAACACGAUGGUUGGAUAGAUCUCUUAUCCGUCUCUGCUCACGGUUUGGUAAUUACAGAAAAGAUGACCCUUCAUCAUUUACACUACAUCCGAAUUUCUCAAUACUACCACAGUUCAUCUUUAAUUUACGGCGUUCGCAGUUUGUUCAGGUUUUUAACAAUAGCCCUGAUGAGACUGCAUAUUUCCGUAUGUUGUUGAAUCGAGAGAGUGUCUCCAAUUCUGUUGUCAUGAUCCAGCCUUCACUGAUUUCUUAUUCUUUUAAUUCGCCUCCUACUCCUGCACUGUUAGAUGUUGCAUCUAUAUCUGCAGACCAUAUUCUAUUGCUCGAUUCUUAUUUCAGCAUUGUAAUUUUUCAUGGUAUGACCAUUGCUCAGUGGCGCAAUAUGGGCUACCAGAAUCAGCCAGAGCAUCAGGCCUUUGCUCUGCUAUUACAAGCACCGAACGAUGAUGCUCAAAUGAUUAUCAGAGAGCGAUUCCCUGUUCCCAGAUUAGUUAUCUGCGAUCAGCAUGGUUCCCAGGCAAGAUUUUUAUUGGCCAAGUUGAACCCAUCAGCCACAUAUAACUCUGCCCAGGAGGUAGUUCCGGGGAGUGAUGUCAUCUUUACCGAUGAUGUCAGCCUUCGAGUUUUCUGCGAGCAUCUUCAGAGGCUGGCUGUUCAGUCAUGAGGAAUUGGAAACCCGUUUCUUUUUUCUCUCUUCUUUGUUCCCAGGUGUCUUAUUUAAUUUUGGUUUGGAAGUAAAAUAUUGGUGUGCUCAAUGUCUCUCCUUUACUUUUCCAAUCAUAUUUAACUUCUAUGCCAAGCCAGUUUGAUGUUAAUUGGCUAAUAAUAAAGUUCGAGUAUGAUCUAAUUCUUUUUCCUCUUGGGUGAUGCACCAGCCUUUCCUGCAAAAGAGUAAUUACAUUCCAUGGCUGGCUUCUCUGAAGAAUUGAGUUGGUCCGACUUUUCUGGGUCUAAUAAUCUUUGUAAUGUAGUGACUUAGCUGGAAUACCAAAGGAGGUUUAUUUAAUAUGUUAGAUUAUAUGAUAUACGCUUUAUAGUUUCUCAUUUUA